CCCGGCUCUCUCCCACCCCACUGUAUCUCUGUCCCUUUGCUUUCGGCACGGAGAAGAGAAAAAGAUCUGUCCGUUCAGUUCGUUUUUACUUCCAUCUGACUCCAUCCUCACUUACUUCCUUCCUUCUUCAACCCGGCUCCGGUUCCUAAAUGGACGGCCGGCGGCGGAACGAGAGCCCCGUCUAUGGUCGCCAGUGGAGCAGCGAGUCAGGGGUCGGCACCGGUGGCGUAACCUCUCCUACAAUGUCUCCGUCCCGCUACCACCACUCCCGCACCUCCUCCGCCACCGCGAUCUCCAGCGUCAAGAGGACCCAGAACUUCGCUGCCAAGGCUGCCGCUCAGCGGCUCGCUCAGGUCAUGGCCUCCCAGACUGCCGACGACGACGAGGAGGACGGGGACGAUCUCGGCUUCAGGUACAGCGCGCCCCCGCCCAUGGCCCUCUCCAUGCACGCCAAUGCUGGUGGCGUCAGUAAGCCUGCUGCCAGCUCUGCCAGGAUCGGCAGAUCUCCUUCCCCUGCGCUGGGAAGAAACUUCACAGAGGAGACUACUGCAACUCGAUCACCAUCGGCUGGAAGGUCUGCGAUGUCCCUUCGACCUUCACCGAUGGCAGCGCCUGACAAAGUUCCACUCAGAACCGCUGUAUCUUUGCCCCCUUUCAAGCCUCCAUCCUCCAAUCAUCGGAAAGAUACGAGGUUCCCAUCUGACUCAAGGCAACUGAACUCCAAACCUACAGGGGACGAUCACGAUGCCUCUGCACUGCGGGAUGAACUUGAUAUGCUACAAGAUGAGAAGGAAGAAAAUCAAGAGAAGCUCAGUCUUGCAGAAGCUAGGUGUAAGGAAGUAGAAGACAGAAUCAAGGAGCUGGAGAAACAGGUUGCUGCUCUUGGAGAAGGUGUCUCUUUGGAAGCAAAGCUUUUAAGCAGGAAGGAAGCUGCCUUGCGACAAAGGGAGGCUGCACUCAAGGAUGCUAAACAAACAAGUAAUGGAGUAGAUAAGGAGAUCACAGCUCUUCGAUCUGAAGUUGAGAACACCAGGGAUGAGGCUGCAGCUGCUGCUCGACAACUCCAUGGAGCUGAAUCUGAAGUAAAAGCUCUUCGUUCGAUGACACAGAGAAUGAUUUUGACUCAAAAAGAAAUGGAAGAAGUUGUUCUCAAGAGAUGCUGGCUUGCUCGUUACUGGGGUUUAGCUGCAAAAUAUGGUAUAUGUGCUGAUAUAGCUGCGUCAAAGCAUGAACACUGGUCUUCCUUAGCCCCUCUUCCAUUUGAGGUGGUUCUUUCUGCUGGACAAAAGGCUAAAGAGGAAGGCUGGGAAAAAGGUGAGGAGGAUCCUGAGAGGAGCAAGUCUAUUCACGACCUGAGUGAUCUAACUGGAGAAGGCAAUAUAGAGAGCAUGCUCUCGGUUGAAAUGGGAUUGAAAGAACUUGCAUCCUUGAAGGUUGAGGAGGCUAUUGUGCUUGCAUUAGCUCAGCAGCGACGUCCAAAUUCUGCAAGAUACUCCAACUCAGAUCUCAAGUCUCCUGGUGAUCCAAAGUUCAUGGAGGCAUUUGAAUUGAGCCCCGAGGAAUCCGAGGAUGUCUUGUUCAAGGAGGCGUGGCUUACGUACUUCUGGAGAAGAGCCAAAGCACAUGGUAUAGAGGAGGAUAUUGCCAAAGAACGUCUCCAGUUUUGGAUCAACCGCAGUGGGCAUUCGCCAACUUCACACGAUGCCGUCGAUGUUGAGCAAGGCUUGAUGGAGCUGAGAAAGCUGGGAAUCGAGCACCGACUAUGGGAAGCUUCCCGCAAAGAGAUUGAUCGACCUUAACACUUCUGCAUCAGGUUUCCUCCAAAUUAAUCGUACUCCAGGGGUCCCUUAUACCACUUUAGCUCUGUAAUAUGUUCGAGUCCUCUUUAGAAUCAUUAGUUCUUUUCCCAUUUUGUUUGGCCUCUCUACCUGAGUGUCUUCCUCAUUUUCCAGAGAUGGGCUCUGAGAGGAUGAAAAUCAACUGUUGUUUAUAUCAUCUCCUAUAAUUUUUAAUGAAAUAUAUUAGAUCUUAUCCUGGAA